AUCAAAUGUUGAAUUUUCAAAAAUACUCGCAAAUGCAAUCCUAAAUAAAGUGUUGGAGAAAUCACUGAACACCUUCCUCAGCAUCGAAUUGAACAAAUGCAGAGAACGAAUAUUUAACGUUCUCUGACUGCAGCUAAAAGUCCUUUGGAAUAAUUUAUAUAUUACAUUGGAUUGAGAAGAUUUUUUGUGAACUUUAAAAAACACAACCAAAUCAAAUAUGUCGAAAGUGGAAGUGGAUCCAAAUUUGCCCAUAAUGGAGCAAAUUAAAAUCCUCAUUAAACCACCUCCAUCUGAAGAAGAAAAAAUAACACUACGUCCAGUGAAUACUAAACAUCCAUAUUACAAACGACCAGGGCGAGGACACAAUCAUGAUCUUUGUGAUGCUUGCGAGGAAGGUGGAGAUCUACUUUGUUGUGACCGUUGUCCAUCCAGUUUCCAUUUGCAGUGCCACGACCCACCGCUAACAGAAGAAGAUAUACCAAGUGGACAAUGGCUUUGUCAUAACUGCCGCAUGACCCUUAAGCCUACAUCAUCAUCUAAAUCAAGUUCUGUUGAGCGCAAUGCUGCAGGUGCCGUAACUGCCUCACGUACAGACAGCUCGCGGCCAAGUACACCAUCAAUUGAUGCCGAAGCGACACCAUUUAAAUUUCGUAAUUUACGGAAACGUAGUAGUAGUCGUGCAUCUUUUUGCAGCGAUCUAAGCAAUACUGAAAAAUAUUUGUCAAAAUUGCCAGUAGGUAUACAAAGAGCAUUGGACCCAAACAAAAAACCUACUCCACUUGAUGAGCUGAUAAAAGCUGCUAGCAUAUUAAAUCCGAAACAAUUCGAGUUGCCGCGUGAGUUGGAAAUACACUCUCAAUUUCCUGGCAAUGAUAAAGUUGAACCUAUACGCAAGAAUGGAAAUGGGAAUAAAAAACCAAGCAAUAUACGAAGAAAUUCCAAACCAUAUGAGCUAGACUCUCAGGGUAUGGUGCCAUUGCCAGCUAAAACAUGUUUUUAUUGUCGAAAAUCUUGUAAGAAAGCUCCACUGGUAGCCUGUGACUAUUGCCCAUUAUAUUUUCAUCAAGAUUGCCUAAAUCCUCCUAUGACAGCUUUACCAACGGGUUUAUGGAUGUGUCCGAACCAUGUGGAAAACUUCAUUGAUAAUCAUCUAGUAAACAGCAUUUCAGCAACAGAACGCAUUCGUUUGUGGGAUAAGUUUGCUCAACCUUUUGAUCAUGAAUCAGUGAAAAUGGAAUUUUUCAGACGCGUACACAUGCGUAAUCCACCCUUUCGAAUUAAAGUGCCAAUAAAAGCACGUGAAACAAUUGAAAUUCCGCCAAUGGUUAAGUAUCACUACGAAAAUCCUCCUCCUCUUUUACCGUCAUUACGUGAAACUUUACGCUAUGAUAUAGUAAAACGACGCAAAUGUCUUCCUAGCUCGCCUGAAAUAAUAUCAAAAGAAACCGUAGCUGAAUCAGUUUUCAAAGACUUGGAAGCUCUCCAAAGUGCCAAAGCUAAAUUUCGCGAAAUACAGAAGGAAUUGGGACAAGUAGCUGACUUGAGUAGCAGCGAAGAAGAAGACAAUACUGUAACAGAAAACGAGGAUAAAAAAGAUCAAGAUGUAGAGACCAAAACCGACAAUGACAUUACAGACAAAGGGAAGGUAGAAGAGGACGACAAAAUAAAUAAGUUUAAAAGUAAUAAGAAACGUAGUAAACGUGGAGAGUGUACUAAAAACAGUUUAACUGAUGUACAAAUCAAAAGCGAAGAGGAAGUUAAAAUCGACAAUGAUACUGAAAAAUUCACUGAGAAUCAAACGCAGCAACAACAAGAAGUGGAUAAAAUCAAAAGUGAAGAUGAAGAAGAAACUGACGAUGAAACUAAAUAUAUUGCUGAUAUAGAUGCAGAACUUCGUUAUCUAGAUGUUGAUUUAAUAAAGAAGUUAGCAUUUCAACGUGUGCAACAAUUGGUGCAGGAACACCCAGAAAUUGUAGUGCAAUAUCAAAAUCGUACUGCCGCCAAAAGAAUACGUGAGCUUUCACAAAUCGAUCCACCACAAGUAUUACCAUCACAAAUACUCUCGCCAGAAGAUGUAAGGCGUUUAUCCAUAAUGUUUACUGGUGAGACGUCCUCCAUAUUGGCCCAACAUCAAACUGAUAGUGAUAACGACUUGCCACAAUUACAUCCGGCAUUAGCCACUGCUGCUGCUAUUGUUGCUGCUGAUGAAGAAGAACAGAAAUACAAACCACGCAUUCGUACCGAUGGCGAGAAAGCUUACGAAAUAGCAACACGUCUUGAGCUGAAAUUAUUGAGAUGUAAAGUACGUGCUCGCGCUGUACUAACGCCACUGGGCGACAUUUUGGAAGAUAAUCGUUGGUUUAGUAAUGUUGAGCUACAUUCGUCAUUUUUUAUGCGUUAUCGCAAUAUGCACAUCGGAUCUGGCCAAACAUCUGUUGAUGUAAAUCUUUCCAUUAUUGGAUACUGUUGUCGGAUUUCGCCUAAACAUGCAACUAUUUUCUACGACGAUUUUACGAAAACCUUUGAGCUCAUCAACUACUCGGAGCACGGCACCGAAGUUAAUGGACAACUUUAUUCAUGCGAUUUUACUGAUUAUGGACCAACGCCGGCUAAAAAACUUAAAAACGAGGACAUCGAGUUACAGAAACGUGUUCAAGAGAUUUUAGACAAACGUCGUGGUAUACAACGACAACAUUAUAUAGUAGACAGAAAUUCAAGAAUGGCACCACCAAUGAAACCUGAAUGUAAAUGUACUUUCGUUCAAGAGCCUCCUAUGCUUGCCGGUGCUUGGGAAGGAACGGCCAUACUUACACAUGGCACUCUAAUACGUUUCGGCUGUUUGUCUUUUGUUUUCUCAAUACCUGAAUUAGGAUCAAGUAAUGGUCAGGGCUAGGGAUUUGUCGUUUGGAUGAUGAAUUCGGUUAGCUGCAAUAAGUGUUAAUUUUUUAAAAAUGAAAAUUUAAAAAUAGCUUUUAGCAUAUUGCUUUUAAUUUAAAACAAUCACUUAGAAAGUAAUGCAAAAUGAUAUGAUGAUGUUUUAUAAAACAUCAUUACUUUGCGCAAACAAUUCGUGAUGCUUAAUAAAAGGUUAUUCGUUUUUUUAUUAUCUA